AUGAAGGUUUUGCUUCUCCUGAUGAUGCUGACAGCAUGUGCUGCAAGUCCUCAAGAUCUGUCGGGUAAAAUGUUCACCUUUCCACAACAAACCAACACAGCUUGUGUGCAGCUGAUGACAACAAGACAGCAGUUCAGUGCCAUCACAGUCUGUCUCAGGUUCAUCACUGACCUCAGCAGAGACCACAUUCUUUUCUCUCUGGCCACACCCUCUGCUGACAAUGACUUCUUGAUCUUCAGGCAUGCUGUAGAGGAUGCCGUCAAUGUAUUUAGUAGAAACAAAUUAGCAGCAUUUACAGCGCAGGACUACAAGUUGAACAUGUGGCACUCCAUUUGUUCCACAUGGGACUCUGCGUCUGGUCUGGUGCAGCUGUGGCUUGAUGGAAAACCUUCGAUGAGGAAAUUCGUCAGCUCUGGAACAAACAUCAGAGGAUCCACUAUAAUCAUCUUAGGACAGGAGCAGGAUUCCCACGGUGGGGGGUUUGACUUGAAGCAGUCUUUCGUUGGCAUGAUAUCUGAUGUCAACAUGUGGGACUACGUCCUCUCCUCCUGUGAGAUUCAAAAGUACGUGGAUGAACUCAACUUCACUCCAGGAAAUGUCCUCAAGUGGAGUGCGCUGGAGUACCAGAUCACCGACAGAGUGCUGUUAGAAGAUAAACAAAAAACAAUGUCCUGUUAUUAA